UUGGAAGAAUUACCCGACACUUUAUGUGAUCUAUGUAAUUUGCAAACUCUAAAUUUGUCAUGGUGCUAUUCACUUACAAGACUACCAGAAAGGAUGGAGAAACUACUAAAUUUAAAACAUCUCUAUUUAAGCCAGUGUAUUCAAUUAAAAGGACUCUCAAAAGGUAUUGGUUAUUUGACUUGCCUUCAAACAUUAGAUAUGUUCACUAUUCCUAGCUAUGAGAAUAAGAAUAAAGGAGAAUAUUUUGAUAUAGAGGAUUUAGAAAAAAUGAAGAGCCUUCGAUUUGGUAGUGUGUUUCAUAUAAAGGAUUGUGGAAGUAUAAAAACUGUGGAGGAUGCUAAGAAAAUAGAUUUGAAAAAAUUUGACCAAAUUUCUUCUUUAAUUCUUAGUUUUGGGAAUGAAGACCGAAAUAAUAGAUUUGGAGAUGAUAUAAAGAUACUUGAAGCUUUGGAGCCACACCCAAACUUGAAAUGUUUAAAAAUUCAGGAUUUCAUGGGGGCCAGCUUGUCUCCACGCCCCAAAUGGUUGAUGUCAUUGGUUAAUCUAAAAAAAAUACGGCUCUACUCUUGUGUGAAUUGUGAGAUCUUACCUUCUUUUGGAAAGCUGCCAGUUCUCGAGAGGCUAUCUGUAAGUAGCAUGAAUAGUGUAAAAAGAUUGGGCCUUGAAUUCUAUGGAAUAGAAGAGAAAAAAGACCAAGAAGAUGGGGACAUAGAAAUGGAUAGAUUGUUUAUAGAUUCUCCAUUGAUUUUAUUUCCAAAAUUAGAAAAGAUCUACUUUGGUUUUAUGGAGCAACUAGAAAAGUGGGAAUGGAGCAACAUUACAUCAACAAUAAGAAUAAUGCCAUGUCUAAUGCACUUGGAAUUUUGGAAAUGUCCGAGUCUACAAGAACUACCUCAGUUUUUGCAAACAAUAACCUCACUCAAACAAUUAUCCAUAAGUGAGUGUGAGAUUAUGGAGGAGCAAUGCCAGAAGAAAACAAGCAAGGAAUGGGACAAAAUCUGUCACAUCCCAAACAUUGAAAUAAAUGAUAAGUUUGUGCGAAAAGAUGGAAUUUGGAUCGACCAUGAAGGCAAUGAGAGCAAUAUCAAUGAUGGUGUUGGGACAUCUUCUUCAACAAACUAAUAUUCAGGAUGCAAAUAUCCUUAUUCAAGGGUUCCAGGAGUUGGAUUUGGAAAUUGCUCGAGAUAUGAUAUUAUUCAUUCGAAUUAUGUUUUGUUUUGUUUUGUUGUGUUGUGUUUUGAGUAUGUACUCUUUUUCCUUCUUAGAAUUUUUCCCACUGAGGUUUUUUAUCUAAGAAGGUUUUAACGAGGCAUAUUCUGGAUUGGUGUUUUAUCAAUUCCAAUUUAAAAUUUAGUUUUCAUUUGGAUUGUUUGUAAACUCUUUUGUAUUAUUUUCUUUAAUCUGAAUAUAUAUCUACUUUAUUUGGUGUUUGUUGAGCAUAUGAUAGACGAAUUAGUUGGGUGCCAACCUAGUUGGGAUGUCUCUAAUUCUAUUGAUGCUCCUUCACCAAAUGUAUGUUUUA